GCGUCGACUGCGCGUGCGCCGGACUGUGCAGCGACACACUAGUGCAACGCGUCACGAUGAAGCUGGACAACAGUCUCACUGCCGAGAACAUCAACCAGAACCUGCUGAACAUCAAGUAUGCAGUGCGCGGACCCAUCCUAGAAAGGGCCAUACAGAUCGAAAGGGAGAUACAGAAGGGAGUGCCGAAGCCGUUCGAGCGCGUGGUGCGCGCCAACAUCGGAGACUGCCACGCGCUCGGACAGAAGCCCAUCACCUUCAUCCGACAGGGUAAGCGAAGUGAUCCCUCGGCAGAGUGCGGUGUGAGUGACGGCAUGUGUGUGCAGGUGCAGGCGCUGGCGGCGUGCCCGGCGCUGGCGAGCUCUGCCGCCGUGCCCGAUGACGUGCGCCAGCGGGCGCAGGAGAUACUCGAUGACUGCACCAAGAGCUCGGUGGGCGCGUACUCUCCGUCGGCGGGGCUGCAGGUGGUGCGCGCGCGCGUGGCGCAGUUCCUGAGCGCGCGGGACGGCGUGCGCGCCUGCGCAGACGACAUCUACCUCGGCUCCGGCGCCUCGGACGUCAUCAAGGCCGUGCUCACCAUGUUCGUGCAGGACGUCGACGGGAAACCGCCAGCGGUGAUGAUCCCGAUCCCACAGUACCCGCUGUUCUCGGGCACGCUGGCGGAGCUGGGGCUGCGCCAGGCGGAAUACUUCCUGGCCGAGGAGCAGCAGUGGGCGCUGGACGUGGAGGAGCUGCAGCGAUGCUGGAGUAGCGCCAGCCAGGACUGCGCCGUGCGCGCGCUCGUCGUCAUCAACCCCGGGAACCCCACCGGACAGGUGCUUACUCGUGAAAACAUGGAACAAAUCGUGAAGUUCGCGUACGAACACAACCUGUUCCUGCUGGCGGACGAGGUCUACCAGGAGAACAUCGUCAGCAAGCCCUUCUUCUCUUUCAAAAAGGUGAUGCACGAGAUGGGCGCGCCGUACAGCAGCAUGGAGCUGGCGAGCUUCGUGACGUGCUCGAAGGGCUGGGCGGCCGAGUGCGGGCAGCGCGCCGGCUUCGUGGAGCUGCGCGCCGCCGCCGCCGCGCCCGCCUUCCGCGUGGCGCGCGCCGUCAUGCAGUGCCCCAACGUGCUGGGCCAGUGCAUCCUCGACUGCGUCAUGCAGCGCCCCGCGCCCGGCGACCCCUCCUACCCGCAGUUCGCGCAGGAGCUCAGCGACAUCCGCCAGGUGCUGGCCGAGAGGACGCACACUGCGUACGAGACCUUCAACUCCAUUCCCGGAUACUUUUGCAACCCUAUUGAUGGUUCCAUGUUUGCGUACCCUCGUGUGAGCAUCCCGGAGGCGGCGCAGGCGGCGGCGCGCGAGCUGCACAUGACUCCCGACGAGUUCUACUGCCUGCGACUGCUUGAGGAAACAGGUGUGUGCGUGAUCCCGGGCACCGGGUUCGGUCAGCUGCCGGGGACGUUCCACUUCCGCACUACGAUCCUGCAUCCUCGCGACGAGUUCCAGCACAUGAUGGACAGCAUUCGAAGGUUCCACCAUGACUUCCUGCAGCGAUACUCCUAGCCUGAGGCCUCGAGCAAGUGAACCGUCCAGAGUGAAUGCAAGAAGAGUGUCAGCUCAAUAAUAAUAAGUUGUAACUAAUAAUAAGUGUAGGCAUGAACUUUAGAUGUGAUGCUGGGGGGCGGAGUGACCUGGCUGUGUGCGCGCGGGUCACUGCGCCUGACCGGCCUCUAGGCUGCCCGCUAUACUCGGCACAGCCUCACACUGCUCGAGUGGAUAACUACAACAUAUCUAUCUAUGUGUAUUUUAACACGAAAUUAUGUAUUAAUAUGCAAUAAAAAGUAUUUUUGUUGGAACUUUUAUGUUGAAGUGAUUGUUAUUAAUAUUUUAUUGUAUGUUAAUAAGUACUUACAAUUGAAUAAGUACCUAAAACUAAUUGUAUAAGUAUUAAAACUUUGAAAAUAAA